UUUGUUCCUUAGACCUUACACACCAUGAGCGAAUACUGGACAGCCUUUCCGUGCGACUUCGCCGAGAGCGUCAAUUUCAUCUGCGGCAACUGCAAUGCGGUGUUCAGCGAGAUGCUGACACUGAACACGCACUGCGACCAGUGCUGUCCAUGCGCGCCUGCUGCGAUGCAGGAGACAAGCAGACGGACAGCACUGAAGCGCUUGCUGUGGUUUCCCUAGGCACCUGCCAAUCAACACAAGCAAAGACAAGACGCCCCAUUCAACUCUACCCACCCGCCUGAGGCGCAAUGUGCAAGGGCUGAGCUGAUUGCCAGACCAAAGCCAGCAUUGCCGCCUCUCGAUCUGCACCAGGUCCUUGCAUGCAGGCGUGCGUGAAGCGUCUAUCGCAACAAAGGAACACAUCUCGGGAUCUGUUCUGCAGAUCAAUUACCACAUCACAGGUGUUUGUUUUCGCGCCUGUCCUGCUGGUCCCGUGAACCAAGAUGCUGCAUUGCAUAUGUUGCAUGUAUAUAUUUAUUACUUGUACUAGUUACCUAUACAAGAUUUUAUAGUCCAA